AUGUCUUCUCUUCGACGUCCGGAGCAAUCCGGAGAAGUGGUGGAGAAGGUUUUGAGGAGAGCUGAGGUUGCCAGGAUGGCCCGAGUUUUACAAAACCGUCUUGCUUUGGCAAAUUUCAAAGCCAGACAUGGCUGGGAGAAUCUCACCCUCGAUACCAUCGAACCCAAAGUCGAACAAGAACUCAAGCGGAAGCGACGGAACUCGAGCGGCGAAACCAUCUCUGAUGCUUCCUCAACUGUUUCUGAGCGUGCAUAUCCCUCAGGAAUAUUGAGCUCCUCGCCGAUGGGUCCCGCUCUCUUCUCAGAUGACAUCCACCGAUCCGGAAGCAGUGUUGCUGGACACCGUAAACAACCUACGCACCAUACCUUUACAAAAGCAUCUUCAGCACUUCCUUCGGCUCGAAAGCGGGCACGAGCCACGCCCAGCAAUGGCUCCAACCUGACCCGACCUUCAUCGUGGAAGAGCACAUACCAGCUCCCUGAAUCCUCCCCGGCACUUCAACGACAACAAUCUCGGUUCUCCGUUUCGAAUAAAGCCAGAGCGUCAUUUGUCCCGGCAACCUCGCCUGUACCGGCGAAUCCUGGUCAUUCCAUGCUGGGGACCAUUUCGGACGAUGACGAUGACCAGGACCUUCCCCUCCACUCCUUUCAAGUCCACUCCUCACAUAUCAAUUCGUCUCCUCGUACACCCCCACCAAGUCGUGGUGCCCGGCUGAACCGUAUACGCAAUGGGGAUGUGGAUCAAGCUCUUGUUCGCAAUGGCGAAACUGGCGAAGAAGGUGCAGAUCUGCUUCUUUAUCUGGCAACGUCUCCAUCCCCGGCGAAUCCUGCAAUGAAGGCACGCCUCUACCCCCCAUCGACACCUCCUUCGAGAAACCCGGCGCUCCCUUCGUCGAUGAUGACGACACCAGGUGGUGGCGGGUUCCUGACCAAUUUCGGCGCACCCAUGACACCAUCUCAAGCCUUCAAUUUCGCCGACUUCAUCAACGUCACGCCCAGCCCGGCACAAGGACUCUGGGGAUCUCGUACGCCAGCUACCGUCAAGACUCCAGCCGCCACCAAGGAGGCUCGGAGAAAACUCAAUUUUGAUGCCCUGGUGCCCCCCAGCGGCGGGAGUCCCCACGUCAACCGAGACCCAGUCAACAAAGAUACACUCGGCAUGGAGCUCGGUGGAGAGUUGGUUUCACCGCAGUAG